AUGGAUACUUUUCGAUUACGAGUUAUCGCACCCGAUCGCAUUAUUUUUGAUAGUAGAGCUGCAGAAGUUAUUUUAGCUACAAAUACUGGUCUAGUUGGGAUAUUACCUAAUCACGCGCCACUUUUAACAGGUUUAGAUAUAGGUAUUCUGAAAAUAAGAACUAAUGAAUUAUGGUCUGUUGUAGCAGUAAUGGGUGGUUUUGCUAUGGUACAUGAUAAUGACAUAACAAUCUUAGUAAAUGAAGCCGAAAAUGCAAAAGAAAUAAAUUUGCAAGAAGCUCAAGAAAUUUUUCAAUUGACUCAAACUAAAGUAUCGCAAGCGGACGGUCGAAAAGAAAAUAUUGAAGCUAAUUUAAAUUUAAAAAGAGCAAAAGCUCGUUUGGACGCUAUUCAAGAAGGUAUUAAAGAAGGUACUGCAAGUUAA